UAUUUAUCAUGAAAGCAAUCCUUCUUUUAGCCUUGCUGGUUGCCUCGAGCUAUGCAUUCACUCCAUUCUUGUUCGAAGAAGGCCAUAAGUUCUUGGAAUACUUGAGAGACAAUGAUCAUAGGUGCUUCGUGCUUAUGUUCAAGAACUCGAAUGCUGAAGGCAGAAAAGUUGACCAAAGAAUCCUCAACCAACGUAAUCAAGAAGUACAAAGAGGUCUCGAAAGAAAGAUCAAAGACGAACCUUAUGUCACUUACGCAGUCAUCGAUGUUGGCAACGAGAAGCUCAAUGCCGAUACCAAAGCCGAUAUUGACGAAUUUUUGAUCGAAGCUAGAAUUGAUAAGUCUGAACUUGAUAGUUACCCAAUCACUGCAGUUCUUGAUGAUGGAGUUGGCGCUUACAUCUGGGGACCCAAGCAAGAGUUAGUAAUUAACAGGUUGGUCCAAGCUUUCAGAUAUGGAAGACUCGGGAAUCCCCAUAACUAAUGAAUCAUAAAAC